AUGUUAGGUUCAAAGGGCGUUAUUGCGGAAAGUUUUGCUGAGCUCAUAAAAUGCCUGUGGUCAACGGGCACAACGGAGAAAGCUAUCUAUCCUUGUGACCUCAAGCAGCACGAUGCUCACGAUUUGAUGAUGGCUUUCCUCAAUCUUCUCCACGAGGACCUUAACAAGGUUCAGCAAAAACCCUACAUCGAAUUAAAGUAUGUCAAUGGCCGUCCCGACGAUGAUGUUGCGGAGGAAGUCUGGACAAGGUACAAGAAGCGUAACGACUCCGUUAUCAUUGACUUAUUUUACGGCAUGCACAAACUGACGGUCGUCUGUCCUGUCUGCAACUACACAUUCCGAGCCUUCGACCCUUUCGCCUCACUGAGCCUACCCCUCGACGUCGUCCCCACAAAUGCCAUUAUAUUUUGCUCCAUUGGCAAGUUACAACGUUCGAGAACCUACUGCCUUAUUUUCACCGAGCCCGGCGACCAGGAGAUUGCUGCAAGGUUUGCUAUGGCACAAUAUUAUAUUCCGGUUUGUUUUUAA